AUACAUACACAAAGAUCAGGAGAAGGAGGGAGGGAAUACACACACACACGCACACACACACACGCACACACACACACAGCAUCCUUGUGCAAGCAUCGCAGUAUAAGGUUUAGGAGCAUCUCACCUCAUUCACAGCAUGGCGGAAGGUUCUGGCUCGACGUCUUUGGCGGAGGUUGAGACGGCGUUCAAGAAAUUCGCGGUGCACGGAGACACCAAAGCCACGGGGAAGGAGAUGACCGGGAAGAACUUUGCCAAGCUGUGCAAGGACUGCAAGGUGAUCGACGGGAAGGGCGUCACCGGCACUGACGUGGACAUCGUCUUCAGCAAAGUCAAAGCCAAGUCAGCACGUGUGAUCACGUUCGAGCAGUUUACCCAGGCACUGGCAGAGUUGGCUCCAAAGCGCUUUAAAGGGAAGAGCCAGGAAGAGGCCCAGCAGCUCCUUUACGGCCUCAUCGCAGGCAAAGAGCCUGCUAACGUGGGCAUCACGAAAGUGGCGAAGGCGGGAGCCGUGGACCGUUUGACAGACACGAGUAAAUUCACCGGCUCUCAUAAGGAGCGCUUCGACGAGACGGGAAAGGGGAAAGGCAAAGCCGGAAGAGAGGAAACCCCUGAUACUAGUGGCUACGUGAGUGCAUACAAGGGCCAUGGCACUUAUGACAGCAAGGUGAAAGAAGGAGAAUGAGAGGAAAUGGAAAAUUAUCCUUAUGCAUGUAUUAUUGUGUAUUACGGAUGGUGUAUAUCUGCUUUAUACCUGUGGAGAAAAAAAAAACCCGUUCAAGGCAAACUAAGCUCAGCAGCUACAGUACGGUCAUUCACAGAAACUUCCGGCAUAUCUCUACUAACAUUCCAGCAACCUUCUCUAUCACGUUCCAGCAACGUCUUCACAAAUGCUUUCUCUCUCGCUUCUGUCCUUAUAUUAGUGCCUUAUAUUAUAGCGUUCAUCCCUAACACUGUAGCUUUAUUGUGCUGUGAGAACUUCUGUAGUUUCUGGUCUCUCCUAAGACCAACACAAUUUAUUUUUAAUGAUGUAACUCAGUGAUAUUUCAGAAAGCAGUGUUGUAGCAUUCUGCGCGAUAUUUACUGUUUAAUCUGUAACCAUGUAGAGAGUUAAGAGGAUUGAUCUCAGGGGUAGACUUUGCAAUGGUUCAUUUAUUUAGCUGUGAAAAGUUCAGAUAAAGAAUGCUGAACUAAGUGAGAUAGAAAGCUACCCUGAUAUCUCACUCACUGUAAAGAGAAAGCAAGUGUCCUCUGCUGGCAAGGUUUCUGCUGUUGUAUCAGCUUUGUGCAUUUCACUUUCUGUCUGUAUCUGUUAAGCAACAUUGAAAAUUCCCAAAUAAAAUAUGUCCUCAAAUC